GAUAACGCGGUUAUUCUGCUCACAUCUGUGUCUACUACAGUGUAUCAAAUCAUCUGUGUUGCUGCUGAGAUGUUUGGUCUUUUGUUCUUCGUGCUGAUGGCGCACACCGCUUAUGGAGACGUGAGCUAUUCUUUCCCGGAGGAGAUGAAACGCGGAUCUGUGAUUGGGAAUAUAGCGAAGGAUCUCGGACUGGAUGUGAGCAGAUUAUCAAAUCGGGAAGCGCGAAUUGAUAAUGAAGGUAACAGCAAACGAUUCUGUGAGAUAAAUAUCAACACUGGAGAGCUGACCGUCGCGGAGAGAAUCGACCGAGAGGAGAUUUGCGGAAAGAAAGCUUCAUGUGUUAUUAAACAGGAGCUCGUGCUGGAAAAUCCUUUAGAAUUGCAUCCCGUGAGUGUCUUCAUAUCGGAUGAGAAUGACAACUCUCCUCAGAUAUUAUACCCCUCUCCGGAAGGAAACUCCUUCAUGACCGAGAUGGUCCCCAAAACCGCGCAGGGGCGCUCCCUGGUCUCCAAGGUGAUCGCCGUGGACGCGGAUUCUGGCCAGAACGCGUGGCUCUCGUAUCACAUCAUUAAAGCGACUGAUCCGGGACUUUUCACUAUCGGUGUCCACAGCGGAGAGAUCAGGACGCAGCGGGACAUUUCUGAAUCUGACAGCAUGAAGCAGAACCUUAUUGUGUCAGUCAGAGAUAACGGACAGCCCUCUCUCUCAGCCACGUGCGCACUGUAUUUACUUGUAUCAGAUAACUUGGCUGAAGUGCCAGAACUGAAAGACAUGUCUCAUGACGAGAGCAGCUCCAAACUGACGUUUUAUUUGAUCAUCGCGCUGGUGUCCGUCUCCACUUUCUUCCUGACCUUCAUCAUCAUCAUCCUGGCCGUGAGGUUUUGUCACAGGAGAAAGCCCAGACUGUUGUUUGAUGGAGCUGUAGCCAUUCCCAGCGCGUAUCUGCCUCCAAAUUACGCAGAGGUGGAGGGCGCGGGAACUCUCCGCAGCGCCUACAAUUAUGACGCAUACCUGACCACGGGCUCGCGCACUAGUGACUUCAAGUUCGUCAGAUCUUAUAAUGAUGGCACGCUGACUGCUGACCUGACUCUGAGAAAGACUCAGUCUUCUAUUGAUGAUCUUGAAGGACUUGAUGAAGAGGUCAUUUCUUUUUCCGAGGUAGGCGAUUUUCACAUAAUUGUUUAG